AUGCUUGUACUGGCUUGCCUGCCAGCGGAACCGAAACGGGCACAGACAUUAUUAGAAAUGCUGGCCCAUUCCCUACAACACGUGAGGGAAGUCAAGGUGCUGAUAGAACUGAGCCACACAGAGCUUACCUGUGGUGGUGAUAACGACGUAAACAUUGAUGCACUCCUGCAGCACAGCUUCCAGCUAAGCAUGCUCAAUGUAGUGCUCAUAUGCAGCAGCUUCGUCAAAACCCUCCUCUACUAUGGCUAUGAGGGCUAUCCCAAGUUCAAGCUGCAAGUCCGUCAGUUCCAGCCAUAUAAAGAAACAACAUCUAUAUAUCCUGACAAGUUGCUCAACAUGCACCACCACCCCAUCUACAGCAUGCCAGAUCAGGCAGAGCCAUAUACAAUUGUCUAUGAGCACCAAGGGAAAGUUCGCGUCAUUGGCAUGCUGUGGUAUAUUCUGGAGGAAUUCGCCCAUUAUCACAAUGCCACGCUGCGUUGGCUUGAAAGGCCUAUACCAGGCAAUCCUCCAAAUCAGGUGCUGUUGGGCGAUCUCAUUAGGAAUGGAUCCUUAGAUAUUACUGCCUCAGCCAGUUUCUUGGACUGGGGCAGUUAUUAUUACAUGACCUAUCCGAUGGCUGUUAGUAGUUGGUGCAUUAUGACUCCUCUGGAGCGUCACGUAAGCGCCCGCGACGCAAUCAUCAAAGCAUUUAAGCUGGAGUCCUAUAUAAUGUUGCUCGGCUUUUAUGCCCUGUACGUAGGCUUGCCGCCUAUCAUGAUGUGUAUCCGACGCCAAAGAUCAUGGCCUCUCGACAAUGUUGCCUCCUCAUUCUAUCGACUGAUUGCGCUCUGCCUUGCAAUCCAACUCUUGGCCUUUUACGAAGCUCGCGUGCAGACGUUCCUUAUCCACCCAUUGCGCCAAAAUCAUAUUACAACCUUCAAUGAUCUAGAGAGCUCUCAAGUGCGCAUCUGGAGCUAUCGCUAUGAGUUCUACAGAUACGAUUUUGAACUGCGCAUCAAGUUCGGCACCGUGUUUAGACUGACAGACUUGGGCUCCGAGCUGGUGAAGAUGCGGAAUGCUCUGAACACCUCCUAUGCCUACACCAUCACCUCAAAUAAAUGGCCCAUGUGUGACGGUCUCCAGAGGGGCUUCCGCAGGCCGCUCUUCCAUUAUUCCAACGACGUUUGCAUACAGUCUCUGUGCUUGUUCGCGAUGAUGAUAAGAAAUAAUUCUGUCUUCUAUGACAGGUUCAAUCAUUUUUUGACGAAGCUACGUCAAGCCGGUUUCAUAUCGCAUUGGAUAAAGAAUAGUUUCUUCGAUAUGGUGUAA